CUCCAUGCUUUUGCCCCUUUCCUCCUUGACUCACAGAAUCACCCUGCAGUUUGGCAAAGAAAUAUUAGCACCCAUAAAAUUCCACAAGUCAGAGGAGAGGUACAUAUCACAGAACAGCCUCUUUCGUUCCUAAGCCAACAGACCAAAGAGUAUCUGGAAGCUCACAUGAGGAGUAUGACUACAGAGCACAGAUGGGGACUCCCAAAACACCUCCAAAAAACUCUGAGAGCUUUCCAGCCCUCCUCACCCCCUUUAUGGUCUGGAGAGGCUGGGCCUCAAGAUUCUACAUCUCACACAGUUUCAGGAAACUCUGAGCAGAUGUUCUGGGACAGGAGAGAAGCACCAGAGGGGAAAUCACAGGAAACAAGUUCUCUUGUCGAUUCUGAAAUGAUGCAGCUUGCAAGCAGUGCUGUGCACUUGCCUUAUCCUGCUGAAGCAGGCCAUAUUCUUCUGGAAUUGCACAUUCAGCACAAGAAGAUCCAGCAUGAGUGGGGCCUUCCAAUCACUGUUCAGAGAUCCAUGCAGGCCUUUGCUCCAGUGUUUCUCGAACCACCAAAGAGUCCCUGGUCAGCCUCACAGGUGAGUGAUAGCCAGGGAGAGAGAUGGGAGGGCCUGAUUGCAGAAAGGAGUGGAAGGGCUAUAAAAACCCCAGCGGCAAGCAGAGUGAAAGUGGCAAAUGAACACCUGGACUUUGUGGCUCAAAGCACACAGGUAGAGCUGGAGAGCCAUGUCCAGAACCUGACCCUGGAGCACAGGUGGCACCUUCCCAAGCUGCUGCAUGAAUCGAUGAAGGCAUUCAUUCCUCAAGCUGAGGAAAUGGAGGAAGAAGCCAAGCCCAAGAAGAAGGCAUCAGAGAAACCAGGAAGGAAACCUUACCAUGAAAGAGAGGUAGCAAAGACUUCAGUCAUAGCUGUUAAUGGAACACCUUCCUCUAUUGAAAAGGCAAGUCUGCCUUUCCUCACAGAUGAGGCUUCAAAUCACCUGGAGUUCCACAUCCAGCAAAAGUACAUUCAACAUGCAUGGGGCCUACCCUCCAAAGUGAUCCAGUCCCUGCAUCUCUUUUCCCCCUUUUCCAUGAACUCACAAAAAUAUACUGGAGAGAGCAUGCUGUGA